GUCUGCAUCAAAAUCACGCUUGCCCAAGACGAAAAACAACAGACAAAAUCAAGUCGAGUACUGAAAUCAACGACGACUGCAGUAUACAAUGAAGCGGUGAUGUUCCUCUUUAACCCAGGGCGGAAAGAGUUGGAAACGACGAAGAUUACGAUAUCUGUGCAUGAUAUGCAAAGGUUGGUUUGAAA